ACUGCUGCCCCGAAAUGUCAUACCAAGAAUACUGGACUGUCAGUGAAGGUCCCGCAAUCCGCACUCAAACGUGCAGAGAAUGCAGAAGGACAAUCUACAAGGAUGAGCAUGUGAAGGUCAGGGACGGGAGGAAAAUACGUCUCUUCUACCACCCAGAAUGCUUCUCUGGGGACGCAGAUCCACGAACUCAAGCCGGGUCAUCAUAUCAUGAUCCCCGAUACAGUACCGCUAGACUAGCACCUACUGCUCCUCCUGUCAAGGGGCAUGGCAAGUGGAGUGUCAAUCAAUAUGGCUACAGUCCUAGUUUGAGUUACGGAUAUGGUCAAAGAAGCACCUCUGCGAGGGCCAAUGCAGCAAAGGCUGCUGAUCUUCAGACUUUUGAGACUAAAGAGAAGUAGAAUAGGAUCGCUGUUAACCUUGUAAAAAAACACAGCGUGUAAACAUAAAGCUUCUUGGGCUCUCCAAGGACUUGGUCAGCUGACUGCCUGCUUAGUCAUGUGAAACU